GCAGCCGUGUCUGAGGAGCUGUAGGGUUGGACUUUUAUCCUCCUGACAGCCAGCAAGCAAACAUCUGAGUUUUUCGUUGUCGGGCACCCUCUCCAUCCUAGAAGCCUGAGCUAUGAAGACUAUUCUUGCUGCGUACUCUGGCGUCCUCAAAGGCACUGGCUCCAGCAUCCUCUCUGCCCUGCAGGACCUGUCUGUGGCUUUUUGGCCCUGCAGAUCCAAGAUGGAAAAACAUCUGCAGGUCAUCUCUGUGCUGCAGUGGGUCCUCAGCUUUUUAGCUUUGGGUGCUGCCUGCACUGUGCUGCUGAUCUACAUGUUCUGCACUGACUGCUGGCUUAUUGCUGCCAUUUACACCGCCUGGCUCAUCGUCGACUGGAACACCCCGAAACAAGGUGGCAGGAGGUCCUCUUGGGUGAGAAACUGGACAGUGUGGACAUAUUUCCGAGACUACUUCCCAGUCAGGCUAAUUAAAACCCACAACCUGCUGCCCAGCCGGAACUACAUCUUUGGCUACCAUCCUCACGGCAUCUUCUGCUUCGGUGCUUUCUGCAACUUUGGGACCGAGGCUACAGGCUUCUCCAAGAAAUUCCCGGGCAUCCAGCCCUCCCUGGCAACCCUGGCAGGAAACUUCCGCAUGCCCGUCCUUCGCGACUACCUGAUGUCUGGAGGUAUAUGUCCAGUGAACAAGAACUCUAUCGACUACCUGCUGUCACGUAACGGGACAGGAAAUGCUGUGGUCAUCGUUGUUGGAGGAGCAGCGGAGUCUCUGCAGUGUGCACCAGGCAAGAAUUCUGUCACCCUGAAGAACCGUAAAGGCUUUGUGAGGCUGGCCCUACAGAAAGGGUCGGACCUGGUUCCAGUGUAUUCCUUUGGAGAGAACGAUGUCUACAAGCAGGUGAUCUUUGAGGAGGGGACCUACUGGAGAUAUCUCCAAAGAAAGUUACAGAAGAUCUUGGGCUUUGCCCCGUGCCUCUUCCAUGGAUGUGGACUAUUCUUUGGGGACUCCUGGGGCAUUGUGCCUUAUGGCAAGCCGAUCACCACCAUAGUUGGGGAGCCAAUCACAGUGCCAAAAAUUGAGGAUCCAACUGAUGAGAUGGUAGAACUGUACCAUGCAAUGUACAUCAAGUCCCUCCAGGGCCUUUUUGACAAGUACAAGACCCGCUUUGGCCUGAAAGAGAGUGACAUCCUGUACAUCCAGUGAAAGGACGAGUGGGCCCUGUUGAAGCUCUGAACUGUACCAGCAUCUUUGGACCCCUCCACCCACCCCGUCACGGUCCAAUCUUAGUGCCUGGUUUGGAUUAUCUCAAGACUGCAAACUCUACACAGGAGCACGUCUGCUAACGAAACCUUUGUUCUCUGCAUGGUUUCACGUUUAAAGAAUCGUCAGCUCUUCUUGCUGCUGUAAUCAGGUGAAACCAUCACGGUCGGACACAGUUAUACCAAAUCCCACAUCAAAAAGUGUGCCAUUGUUGUUUCUAUUUCCAUUUUGAAAUAAAGGCAUCGAGUGUGGGCUUUCUAAUCAGUGCAGAGUGGGGUGAGUUCCACUAGAUGGAGCUGGAAGGUAACACGCAGGACUUGAGAGAAGUGCCUAUGCUUUUGCUGUCUUUUACUCAUGCUGCCAUAUAAUUCUCCCAAAGCUCUUUAAGAUCCUUUCAUAUGCUAAACGCACAACCAAUGCAAAUGUAAGAUACCACUUCAUUAUUGGGAUAAUAAGCCCAAAGUUUAAUUGAGCCAAAGACCUCUGUUGUCCCCACACAUGCAUGUAUUUCUAAUGUAUGAAAGCCACAAGUGAAGGAAUUCUUCAGGGUGGAUUUAUAUUGUGAAUGCACAGUACAUGUGUGAUUGUAUAAUGCCAUUAAGUAUUAAUUGUAUUCUGUUGAGAGGAAGAACUUAAGUGUUUGUCCCUCAAUGGAUAUUUCUGAUGCACUUUUUAUAUUGCUGAUUACCUUCUGAGGUUUUUGUGCCUAUGAUAUGAGAAUUUUCCAAGACAGUCAGUGUGCUGCUUGACUUGAUUUCCCUUUUUUGUCCUACUACUGUCCAGGUCUGGAUGGGUGUGUUUUGUGAAUGCAAACAAAAAACUACAGUGAUGUCUUGUAUCAUCAAGUGAAGGUUUUGUGGGUGAAAACAAAGUGGAUCUCUUUGUAACCGUACCAUGGGUGAUUGAAAUGAAAGGGAUUAUACCAGUUUUAAUACUGGUAUUAUGUCAUGUUCGAGGGUGCCACUAGUACUUUUGUAAAAUAAGAGUAUGUAAGUAAAGAAUAAAUCCUGGGAAUUAGCAAGCUUGUUUCAUGUUGAUGGACAUGAAGAUGGGCAGUAAAUGAUGAGAUUGUAAUUUGAAGAGUAGUUUGCUCUGGUUUCACCAUUGUGCCUUCUUGUAAAGAACAGUUUAAUCCAUAUGCAAGAAAUAAACAGAGAGACCUGUCUAUAUGAUGAAUGGCAUCAUCUGUCUGCUGAUAUUUAAAUUAAACUUUUGUAUG